AUGGGUGUCUCCAACUUCCUAUCCAAGAUCCACAAGCCCAAGGUGGAACAGCAGGAACACUUCUCUCAGGCUUCCACCCCCGCUCGCGCCGACUCGAAUCUGGAGAAGGAUAAUGGCAUCGUCGAUGAUAGUCCCGUCAAGUAUCUGACAUGGCGGUCCUUCGUCCUGGGUAUCGUUGUCUCUAUGGGCGGUUUCGUCUUCGGUUACGCAACCGGUCAAAUCGCUGGCUUCACCACUAUGGAUGACUUCAAGAGACGUUUCGCCGAGUUGCAGUCAGAUGGCUCUUACAAGUUCAGCAAUGUCCGUAACGGUCUGAUUGUCGGUCUGUUGUCCAUCGGUACUAUGAUCGGGGCUCUGGUCGCCGCUCCCAUUGCGGACCGCCUGGGCCGCAAGCUCUCUAUCUCCUUCUGGUCCCUCAUUCACAUCGUCGGUAUCAUCGUCCAGAUGGCCACCACCGACAAGUGGUACCAGGUUGCCCUCGGCCGUUGGGUGGCUGGUCUGGGUGUCGGUGCCCUGUCGAGCAUCGUCCCCAUGUACCAGAGUGAGUCCGCUCCUCGCCAGGUCCGUGGUGCCAUGGUCAGUGCCUUCCAGCUGUUCGUCGCCUUCGGUAUCUUCAUCUCCUACCUGAUCAACUUCGGCACCGAAACCAUCAAUUCCACUGCCUCUUGGCGUAUCACCAUGGGUAUCGGCUUCGCCUGGCCCCUGAUUCUCGGUAUCGGUACUCUGUUCCUGCCCGAAUCGCCCCGUUUCGCCUACCGCUGCGGACGUGUCGACGAGGCCCGCAACACCAUGUGCAAGCUUUAUGGCGUGGGUCCCAACCACCGGGUUGUCAUGCAGGAAAUGAAAGACAUGAAGGACAAGCUCGACGAGGAGAAGGCUGCGGGUGUCGCCGCCUGGCACGAGAUCUUCACCGGCCCCCGCAUGUUCUACAGAACCGUCUUGGGGAUUGCUCUGCAGUCCCUGCAGCAGCUGACCGGUGCCAACUUCAUCUUCUACUAUGGUAACUCCAUCUUUACCUCGACUGGUUUGGACAACAGCUACGUCACCCAGAUCAUUCUCGGUGCUGUCAACUUUGGCAUGACCUUGCCCGGUCUGUACGUCGUGGAGCACUUUGGCCGUCGUAAGAGUCUGAUGGUCGGUGCCGGCUGGAUGUUCAUCUGCUUCAUGAUCUGGGCCUCCAUCGGUCACUUCGCCUUGGACCUGGCCCGUCCCGCCAACACUCCUCAGGCCGGCGCGGCCAUGAUUGUCUUCACCUGCUUCUUCAUUGUCGGCUUUGCCACGACCUGGGGUCCCAUCGUCUGGGCUAUCUGCGGUGAGCUGUACCCUGCUCGCUACCGUGCCAUCUGCAUUGGAAUUGCCACCGCCUCCAACUGGACCUGGAACUUCCUCAUCUCCUUCUUCACCCCCUUCAUCUCCAGCUCGAUCGACUUUGCCUACGGCUACGUCUUCGCCGCCUGCUGCUUCGCCGCGGUGCUGGUGGUCUUCUUCUUCGUCAACGAGACCCAGGGUCGCACUCUCGAGGAGGUUGACACCAUGUACGUCCUGCACGUCAAGCCCUGGCAGAGCAGCGGCUGGGUUCCUCCCGAAAACAUCAUCCGGGAUAUCCGUGGCGCCUCUGUCCAUGAGGAGGAUGGUCCCAAGCAGAAGGGCCAGACCGAGCACACCGAGCCCACCACGAUUCAGGAGUAA